CCCGUAAACGCGGCAGUCGUAUAGUUAAAUGAUACGGAUAUGUAAAUUUUCGCGGCAGUACGAGGGUUUUUGUGAAUUGAAGAUGAACUGGUGUAUUUUAGUUUUGAUGGUUUUUUGUUUGAAGUUAGUGAGUUGUCAGAAUGAUAAGGACAGGGAGAGCAGGGAUUUGGCGGCGUGGGGUGGAUCCUGGUCUAUUUAUCCUACUAUGGGCAGUUGGUCCGUACAAACUAGGAUACCUAUGACUCCUGAAUUUGCUGAUACCAGUCGAGACGUAGGUGGAAAGAAAGGAGGCAAAUACAGAAAGAAAUUCAAGAGAUUCAUUCUACCUCUACUUCUAGCAUACAAGCUCAAGUUUUUCACAUUGAUACCCGUACUCCUGGGAGGAUUGGUACUUCUAACUGGAGCUACAGGACUCGCAGGAUUUUUCUUUGCGUUAUUUGCAGCAGUGAUGGGACUUAAAUCAAGCGGAAGCACUCAUAGAGCGUUUAGACAUUAAAUAUUAAAUAUUUAAGUGAAUAAAGUGUUGUGUUCGUUGAAGAAAAAAAUCGUACUAAAAAUUUUGUAUUUAUUAUUUAUUUUAUUUAUU